UUAUAACUUAUACCUCACCAAACGACCUUCCAUUGUUCAAACUAGCUAACUACAAUAAUAAGUUUUUGAAACCAAAAAGUCUAAUCUUCACAUAGCCUAGGGAUUAAUUUAAGGACCAAAAACAAAAGUGUAAUUAUUUGAUAACAGUGCUUAGGGACAAAUAAAUCAUAAUGCAGCAAAGGUAGAUCAAGAAUAUUAUUAUAUAUAGGUAAAGUUAAUUUUAAUCUUAUUAUAAUUUAAAAGUUUUUAUGUUAAUCUAAAUUAUGUUGACUUCCAAGCCCAAGCCCGAGUUAACGGGCCUCAUGCUUAUAUUCCCGGCCCGAUAUUGAUUUGCAUUUAGCCUUACUUUUGAUUUGCAUUGUCUUGUUAUUCAUUCAUACUAGUAGUAGUGGUAGUAUUGCUCAGAUGUCAAAAUCUGGAACAUUGGAUCUGGCUACUGGGGUUGGUGGCAAGAUUGAGAAGAAGCAAGUACUUUCAGCUGUUGAAAAGUACGAAAAAUAUCAUGCCUGUGAUAGAGAAGCGGAGGAAGAGAGGAAAGCUAACUACAUUGAUAUGGUUAACAAAUAUUAUGAUCUAGCAACAAGCUUUUAUGAGUAUGGUUGGGGUGAAUCUUUCCAUUUUGCUCCAAGAUGGAAAGGGGAAUCACUUCGAGAAAGUAUCAAACGGCAUGAACACUUUCUUGCUCUACAAUUAGGCGUAAAGCAAGGACAAAAGGUUUUGGAUGUUGGAUGCGGAAUUGGUGGCCCCUUAAGAGAAAUUGCCAGAUUUAGUGGUACAUAUGUUACUGGAAUCAACAACAAUGAAUAUCAAGUGACACGAGGAAAAGAACUAAACCGUAUUGCAGGAGUUGACUACACAUGCAGUUAUGUGAAGGCGGACUUCAUGUGUAUGCCAUUUGCUGACAACAGUUUCGAUGGAAUUUUCGCCAUAGAAGCUACAUGUCAUGCCCCAAAUGUGUUUGAUUGCUACAAGGAAAUAUUCCGAGUGUUGAAGCCUGGACAAUAUUUUGCUAAUUAUGAAUGGUGUAUCACCGAUUUCUUUGAUCCUAAUAAUUCUAAUCACCGGAGAAUCAAGCGCGAGGUAGAGCUUGGCAAUGGACUUCCUGAUAUUAGAUCCAUGGGCCAGUGCAUUGAAGCUCUGAAACAUGCAGGUUUUGAGAUUAUUUGGGACAAGGAUAUUGCUAUCGACUCUCCUCUCCCUUGGUAUUUGCCUCUGGAUAAAAGUCAUUUCUCCCUAAGUAAUAUACGUGUGACAGCUCUUGGACGCUUUUUCACCAGAAACAUGGUAAAAUUCUUAGAGCGAGUCGGCCUUGCCCCCGAGGGAAGCCAAAAGGUUCAAGCCAUCCUGGAGCAAGCUGCUGAUGCACUUGUUGAAGGUGGAAAGGAAGGCAUUUUCACUCCAAUGUAUUUCUUCUUGGCAAGAAAGCCUUCUGUUACUGAUGAUCUACCGACCUAAUUCCUCCACGAUAUACUAAAGGUGUAUUAUUAGUGGUAUGGACUGCGUACACGGCACUCUCUCCGAACCCCACUUUGUCGGAAUACACUAGUUAUGUUGAGAAAAUGUUUGAGUUCCAUGAGUACAUGGAUGAAAAUAAUGUAUUGUGUGUGCUUAUUUCCUCCAGAGAGUAAGUUAUUUACUAGACAAAACUCUUUAUCCUAAUCAAUGGAAGAUUUUUUUUUUUUUCCGAU